ACUAGAAAAAGGGGGGGGGAUCAAUAAGUCUGCCGUGUGCCUGCUCAUUCACUCCUUCGUCGUUCGUGAGGGUCACACGGAAGAAACUGUGGUACUAGUAGGCUGCUAAACAUGGCGACUGCGGUCAAGUUGUUUGCCGUUGCAAAAGCAGGUGUUACACCUGCGCUUCGGCCAGCUGUACUGGCCCGAAUGCUAUCAACAUCAACACCCCAGCAAUCUUACAAGAAUAUCAGCAGGCCAGAUAGCAAGACUGACUGGCCCAAUAUAUUGGAUGAGGCCAUUUCUACCCUUGCCCUCAAGGAAAUUCUUGUUGGAUUUGGUCUUACAUUGGGUGUGAUGUUCAGGGAGCCUGCCACUAUCAACUACCCUUUUGAGAAAGGACCUCUCAGUCCCCGUUUUCGAGGAGAACAUGCUUUGAGGCGCUACCCUUCUGGGGAAGAACGUUGUAUUGCUUGCAAACUUUGUGAAGCCAUCUGUCCAGCUCAGGCAAUCACCAUUGAAGCCGAAGAACGAGCUGACGGAAGCAGACGAACCACCCGUUAUGACAUUGAUAUGACAAAAUGCAUUUAUUGCGGAUUUUGUCAGGAGGCUUGUCCAGUUGAUGCCAUUGUUGAGGGCCCUAAUUUUGAAUUUUCAACUGAGACCCAUGAGGAGCUGUUGUACAACAAGGAGAAGUUGCUGGACAAUGGUGACAGAUGGGAGCCUGAGAUUGCUUCAAAUAUUCAUGCAGAUCACUUGUAUAGGUAGAAUUUUUUUCUGAUAAUGAGCUGCAUUAAUGAUCAACAAUGCCCUAAAUUAGAAUUCAAAUGUCUAGGCAUUGGCCAAUUAUAAAUACUGUAUAAAAAUUGAAAAUAAGCUUAAUUGUUGGCAUUACAAUUAUUGAAAAUUUAAUAUAAUAAUAAGGUUGGUAAUGAGAUUACUUUGCCAACCUGGAAGCUA